AUGCAAUUACAAGGUCGAGCUAAUAGAAGUUUUUGGAAUUGUUUGCUAGUAGUUUUUUGUAAAGACUGGCACUUUAUUGACCUCCUGCAUACCGCCCGCACUCUCGGGUCUGAAAGCCGCAUAAUUUGGGUUCGAAAAGCGCUCAUACUUUGCGCGGGACUUGGGAUUGGUGCACAUGUGCAGCGCUUCCGUGCAAACAUUCAAAUAUUUCACAUAAGUUAUGCCCUGAUCGCGCCAAUUCAUCACGGACAAAGUACGACGGAGCAUUUCGGUUUUUCGACAGAAUGUUUAACGAUAAUAUUAAAUGGAUCACUUCUCCUAGAAUUACAACUAACGAAUAAGAUUUCAAGAGUAAGAAUAGUGAGUUCAGUACAUGGAUUUUUAAACAAGGGAUAA